AUGGUAAAAGCCUAUUUUGGAUAUAAAUUUGAGACCCUAUUUGGCAGUAUUGGCAACAAUGGAGGAGUAAUAAUAAAUGAUAUCGCAUAUACAAUAGUAGAUUAGUAUUUGCUUUUGCUAAAUAUCAAGACUCAAGAGAUUAUUUAAUAAAUAGUAAUUGAAGGCAAGAACAUAAAAACAACUAAAAUCGCAAUAAAAGACAACACGUUGGCAAUAGGAUAUCAUGACGGUGAAAUAGUUAUAUAUAAUCUGAUUGAUAAUGAAAUUUAAUGCAGAUUUUUUAAUCAUUAGAGUGAAAUAACAUAACUAGUAUUUUUGAGUGAAGCUGUUUUAAUAAGUGGAAGUUGCGACACAUCUAUUAUUGUUUGGGAUCUAGCAGAUUAAUAAUUAUAAUUUAGAUUGAUAGGACAUUCAAAUUAAAUUACUGCCUUAGACAUAAUUAGCCUUGAAGAUUAAAGUCUGGCAAUAACUUAAUAAUUUAUCGUAUCAGGUAGCAAAGAUGGACUAGUCAAAAUAUGGGAUUUGAAUUUAGAAUGCUCAAUAGCCACUCUAUCCAGUAUGCAUAGUGAAGUCACAUGUUUAUGCGUUUAUGAAAAUUAUUUGCUUAUCUGCACUAACUCUGAUGAAGUUCUUAUUAAAUCAUGUUAAUUGAUUUCAGGCAAGUGUCAGAUUGAUAAUGAUGGCAUUAUUAAAAGAUAAUCCUUUAUUAGAGCAGUCUAAUGCCAAUAUGUUUAAUAAAAAUUAUUGAUUCUAAAUAACGAAAAGAAAAUUGAGGUUUAUAAAUCAAAAUAAGGAAAGAAGCUAUAAAAAGCUGAAAACUUUAGUCAAUCCUUAAUUUAUAGCACUGUAAUAUCUUAAUUGAAUAAGAUUGUAUAUUUUUAAGCAAUAGUAUUUAAAAACCUAUUGAAAAUAUAUAUAUUCACAUCAGACAAUUAAAUAGUAAUCAAAGAAUUAAAUAAUGAUAAUGUGGAUGAAAAUAAUAAUAUAUCAAUUUCAUAGAUUACAGGACAAAUCAAAUAAAUUAAAUUAACCUAAAAUGAUCAUAAAUUGGUAGUAAUUGCAUCAAAUAAAUGUUAUUAAUUUGAUAAUGAAACUGCUUAAUAGGUGAACUGUCUCAAUAAUACAAGUAAUUUAACUUCUUUAUGCAUUUUGCCAAAAAAUAAAUACUUUAUGGUAGGGGAUGAAUAAGGAACCUUAUAUUUGGUAGAUAUGAAUCAAAAUGAAAUUGUUUUUGAAUAGAAAACUCAUAAUUCAAAUAUUAACAGUAUCGAAUGCCAUGAGAAUUGUAAGGCAUUUAAUGGUUUAGUAAUAAUGACUACUGAAAUAGAUAAAAAAGUGAACUUUGUAGAGUUAUUUUUUAAUAAAACAUAAAAAUGCUUGGAAUUCUAAGUGGUUAACACAAUCUAUUUAAAGGAAAAUAUUAGAAGUGCCUAAUUUUCAUAUGAUGGAAAUUAUUAUGCAUUUGCCCAAAUGAAUAAUAUCGUAUCAAUCUAUUACUGUGACUCUCAUAAAUUGUACCUUGAAUUAUAUGGGCAUUCAUUACCAGUUUUAACUUUUGCUUAUACUUCAGAUGAUACAAUAGUAAUAUCAGCAGGUGCAGAUAAAAGUAUUAAAUUAUGGGCGACUGAUUUCGGAAAUUGUAAGAAAACCCUUAAAGCUCAUACAGCAGAGGUGAUUUAAAUAAAAACAGUAAAUGACACUCACUAUUUCUUUAGUGGAUGCAAAGACAAUAUCAUUAAAUAUUGGGACGGAGAUACAUAUUAAUUAAUAUUGCAAUUUAAUGAAGCUUUAGCUGGAAUAUAAUCAAUGGUUGUUGGAUGUAUUGGAGAUUUGUUUUAUUCAGCUACAAAAAAUGGAGUUAUUAGAAAAUAUGUUCAAACCAAAGAAUAAAUUUUUGUUUCGGAAGAGGAGGAAAAGAGAUUGUAAGAAUCUCUGAUGUAAGAAUUAUAAAAUAAGAAUAAACAAUAAACUGGAUUUGAUUAAGGCUUAGAUUAAGUCAAAAAAGAUUUAACAUUAGUAUAGAUUGGAUAAUAAAAGCUAUUGGAAACUGAAUAAUUAAUGGACAUUUUGGAAAAGAUUAAAUAAUAUAGAGAAACUAUAGAUUAAGGUGAAAUUCCAAAUGAAGAUCUAUUCUACAAUAAAAAUGUCACUGAAUAUUUAUUUGAUAAUCUCUAAAAUUCAGAUUUGAGUUCUCUUAUGAAAUUUCUGCAUCAUCAACAUUUGGUAACUUUAAUUGAUGAAAUGAAUUAAGAUAUUGCAUUAAAAUAAUAUCCCAUAAUAAUUAAUAAGUUAAUCACUUAUAUCUUUAAUAAGGUUGAUGGAUUUGGAUUCAAUUCGCAUGAAAUAAUGAUGAAAGUGAUAAAUAUUAGAACAUAAUUACAAAUAUAUUUUAAGAAGGAAAAGAAGAUUGCUGGAUACAAUCUUGACAUUCUCAAUUUAAUGAUAUAAGACAUAAGUAAAAACUAGGAUGAUUUUGUUUUUGAAUGA